AUAAACCGGCCUGUGAUGCCGCGUGCAGCCCCGCCCCUCCUCUCCCGCUCCUCGAGGCACCGGAGCCUGGCCUCGUCACCGACAGCUGAUCGUAAAGACAGCAGCACCUCACUUCACCGGACCCCUGCGAUGGCGUCAGAGGAGCUCGCGCGGAAACUGCAGCGCAGGCUGGACGCCACGGAGCGGCCCGAGAGUCCGGCGGAGAGUCCGGCGAGGAGUCCGGGGAGGAGUCCGACGAUGAGUCCGGCGAGGACCGUCACCGAGCCGAGGCGCGAGGGCGAGAGCGAGGACGCGGCCGCCGCCGCUAACGGGGACUCGUGCUCGAACGAGCUCGCGGAGAAGCUCAGCCGCAGGCUGGAGAUCGACGGAGGCGGCGCGAGGCCCAGACAGAUGAUGAAGGUGUUCAACCCGUACACUGAGUUCAAAGAGUUCACGCGCAAACAGAUCAAACAGAUGGAGGAGAUGUUCAAGAGAUUUGACUCUGGGAAGGACGGCUACAUUGACUUGAUGGAGCUGAAGAUGAUGAUGGAGAAGCUGGGUGCUCCUCAGACCCACAUUGGUCUGAAGAACAUGAUCCGUGAGGUGGACGAAGAUUAUGACGGCAAGCUCAGCUACCGAGAGUUCCUCCUGAUCUUUAGGAGAGCAGCAGCAGGGGAGCUGCAGGAUGAUGACCCUCUUAUGGCGCUGGCUCGUCUCUCGGAGAUCAAUGUGUCCAACGAGGGCGUGAAGGGAGCACGUGACUUCUUUGAGGCCAAGGCUCAGGUGCUGUCAGUACGCAGUAAGUUUGAGGCAGAGCUUCGGGAGGAGAAGGAGGAGAAGCAGAGGAUGGAGGAGGAGAGGAAACAACGACGGGCCGCAUUCAAAGAGCUGCAAUCCGCAUUCUGCUCCUGAACACACACACACACACACACACACACACACACACACACACACACACACAGAGAUUGUACCUCCUACUGAUGAAUACAGAAGCACAGCUGUAAAGCCUCACUGUAACUGUAGCAAAAGUAGCUGACACACACACACACUUUAACCAUGUUGAGCUUCCUAUUUUACUCUGACUAGUUCUAUUUUUUUUAAAUAGUAUUUAAUAUAAGAGAAGAAUUUAGUAAAUAAUAUUAAUGAGUAAUAAAUAUAUAAAUCUAUACACAUCUGUAACAUGAAUAUUUACAUAAUGAGCUGCAUGAUGAACGACAUCAUAACAUCAGGCUUCGAAAUGAAGGGAAAUAUGUUGGUCACCAUGAUUUAAAACAAAAAGUUUUUAGUUCUCUCUUUUUUAAAAAUCAUGACCAUCUUUCUUAUUGUAAUUUAAUUUUUAAUCUUAAUUUUAAUGUUUUUUUUUUACAUUAGACUAUGUGUUGAAUUCCGUUAAUAAUAAAAAUCCAUUAUUAAAUGA